GUUGGCGGUCUGAUCGGCGUAUUUAUGGGAAUUAGUUUUAUUUCGCUGACGGAAAUUAUUUACUACUUGUGCAUAAGACCCAAACGAUCUAAAUGUGAACAGGAUAAAAAGAUCUCCCUGGGCAAACCACGCGUUCUUUUGGCAAAGAGAUCAAGAAUGGUUUUUGUUAAUCCUUACAAAUUCUCUACGAAUUCACCACAAUCCCUCAACAAUCCUGCUGCAAGACGUCAAUUUGUGCCAUAUCAUUGAUUUUGUCAACACGAUGAUGAACUAUGAAAAAUUUAACUAAGAAAUUUAUUCAUAAAAUUAAAAAAUUUUAUUAUACAAAAAGAGAAGGAGAAGGUUAAUCCUUCGUCACACAAUUUAUGGUUUGACCACCAAUAGGAUGCACACGAAUUUAUUUGAAAACUACAGUAGUAAAUAUGUAAAUGCGUUCGUCAAGGUCACCUUAUAUUCACCAUAUUCACCAAAUAUUGAUAUCAAAGUUAUUAUUCGUCACCUGCUGACAACUGAUAUGUAACAUUUUUUACUAUAAACAAAUAUACCGACAUACUUACAUACUUCGUGGGAAUGUGAAGUGGGGGAAAUACAUUCUCAUCUACGUCGACUGAAACUUGAAGUGAUGAGCAGUGAUGCGGUGAGGAGUUAAGUUAUAAAUGGGUACUCUUUGGGGCAGCAUGAAUUCUUAUACUGAAGAUCGUUUGUUACAAUUAAAACCAAAAUUCACACCUGAAAAGCAAAAGUCAACUGUUCUCCAAAAACAUAAGAGCAGUGAUUGCUCCAGCGAGGAAAUGGACGAUGAACACCUUUGUACUAAAGAAGCUGCAAAGAAAAGCGUGAAAUAUUAUUUACAAAAUUCCACUUUGCAUGACUUGAAAUAUAUUGCUGAGGAGAAAAUAACUUUACCCGAAAGAAUUUUCUUCGGGCUCUCUUUUAUCGGUGUUGUUAUUUUAUCUGGAUUCUUCAUAUCCAAUAUCUACGUUAAAUGGUCCGCUUCACCGAUAAUAAUAUCGACUAGUGCCAGGCAAACCCUUGCUAGUGAUGUACCCUUCCCCGCAGUAACCAUAUGCAACCUUAAUCAGGCAUCCAAAAGUAAAGUCCAAGACAUACCCACUUCUUUUUACAGACAGAAUUUAAACUAUUCGCUGCUCAUGAGCCUCUGUGGUCAAACUCAGCUGGGUGAAUCUUUUAAUGUUCGAGGAACCUGGUCAAACUUCAAAACCAUACUAAAAGCGGUGGCUCAACCCUGCGAUGAAAUGCUUUUGUACUGUAGCUUCGGCGCAAAGCAAGAAAACUGCUCAGUGAUUUUCAACUCUGCCUUGACUGACGAUGGAUUAUGCUGCACAUUUAACGCUUUGGAUCCGAUUUUUAUGCAACGAAACUUCAGUGAUGAGGAUCGUAUCUCGCCGAAAUCCUCUAACCAUUUCGUACCCAUGGAUUGGACGCCUGAAAGUGGUUAUAAUAGAGAUUUGCCCAAAAACUAUUAUCCACGAGUUUCGGGUGGCACAGGCAGCAGACUAGGUCUAACCGUGGUUUUGAAUUCCUCAGCUUCGGAGUAUUAUUGCACGAAAUCUAAAAGCAUCGGUUUCAAGAUUCUAUUGCAUAACCCCGCCGAGUUGCCAAGAGUAACUAAUUAUGGAUUUCUAGUCACAACCGGACGAGAGGCUCGUAUUCCCAUCGAACCCAUCUAUGAGGAUGCGGUACCCGCCAUACGGUCUAUUAGUAAAGAGAAACGGCGUUGCCUCUUCUCCGACGAAGGCGAUCUAACCUACUACCGCACUUACUCUCGCCGGAAUUGUGAAAUCGAGUGCGAGGCGAAAAUAUUGAUUGACAAGUGUGAUUGUGUUUUAUACUAUUUGCCACGCAUCAAUGGCUCAGCACGGAUUUGUGGACCCAAUGACAAUCCAUGUACGAAUGAGGUACAAACACAAAUCGAGUCGUCGGACAAGAAGGUGACUUGCGCUAAUUGUUGGCCAGCUUGCUUUGAAUUGAGCUACAAGGUAAGAGUAACUUCCACGACAAUCUCUUAUGGGCAAUUUUUGACCGCCGACGAAUGGUCGCCUGAGCUGUUUGGUUCAGCUACAAACUUCACAGAAAUAUCCAUCGUAAACUUCUACUAUUUAUCAAACAUAUUGCGCAGCACGACAAAGUCAGAAAUGUUCGGCUUUACUGAGUUUCUAUCUAACACUGGUGGACUAUUGGGCUUGUUUAUGGGCUUCAGUAUUUUCUCGGUUAUCGAAACAGUCUAUUACGUCACAGUCCGUCCCUAUUGUGCCAGUCGCACCAUGCAGCUGUCACGUCGCCGGCGGCUACGGAACAUGAAAUGGCUGCGUGCUAUUCGGAGCAAAGUUAGACCAGAGAGAUAUGAUGGCAGUUCAAGAUUCUGGGCGAAAGAUGGAAAACAGAAGAAGUUUUUUAAUAAUAAAAAUUAUCGAAAUAACUUAAAUCAUAUAUUAUUACAACACAAACAAAAUAAAUUUAAUAAUGAUGGCACUUUACUGUAUCCCUACUUGGAGUGAAGUUUACAAAAAAAAAAAUUAAAGCUAACAUAAUUUUGUAUUAAUAAGUUUUCGUUAGCGCAAAGUAAUUAAAUGAACACCAAAUCAACUUUAUUAUUUCUCUCCCACUAAAUAACAGUGAUUUCU